AUGAGGCCGGUGCAGCACCGGGACGGGCUCCGGCCGCCGGCAGCCCCGCGCCCCGCACUGCCGCCGUUCGGCUCCUCCCAGCCUGGCGGCUCCUCCCUGCCUGGGGCUCUCUGCGCGGCCGCCGCAGCUCUGCGGAGCGUCUCCCGCCCCAUCUCGGCCAGGCCUCUGUCCGACCAGCUGGAAAGGCACCUAGCACUGCAGACCCUGAUCAGUGACAGGCAAAUAGCCAUGCUGAUUGCUUGGACGUGAGAAUUUCUCAAAUAUUUCAGGACAUUCUUUGGACACUUACUACUGUAGUUUUAACAACUGGAUAUGAAAGCAAUAAAAAGGAAGAACCCAGCAGUUUUACUGCCAAUACUUCCCUUAUGCUUUGUAUUUUCCUAUCAUUAUGAUGUGGGCUAUGGGAAACUAUUGCAGAGGAUUAAAGGUGAAGCAGAGAACAUACUUGACACACAGAGCACUUUGCUGGAAUUGCCUAAAGGACCUCUUACAUUUAAAGAUUUGUAG